ACCUAAAAUGACAUUCCUUUCCCUCACUCUUGUUCUCGAAUAGGACAGAGCUGAGAAAAAGAGCGCAACAAUGGCGGGUUUCUCCUUCGGAUCUUCUUCUUCAACUCAAUCUUCGUCUUCCUUUUCCUUCACAAACCCUUCUUCUUCUUCCUCUUCAUCUUCUCCAUUUUCAUUUGGCUCAUCCUCCACCCCCGCCUUCUCUUUCGGCUCCUCCUCUCUCUUCACCACCGCCACAAACCCUACCUCCGCUGCCGCAUCAGUUUUCGGUGCCGCUACCUCUGCCUCACCUUUGUUCUCCUCUUCCUCCUCUGCAACCACACCGUUCGGGGCUUCUUCCUCUUCUACAUUGACGACGUCGUUUGGGGCACCUUCCUCUUCCCCAUCCACUCUGUUUGGGGCUGCUUCCUCCGCUGCCACGACGCCGUUUGGAGCACCUUCCUCCGCUUCAACAACUCUGUUUGGCGCUGCCUCCCCAGCUCCAACCACUCCAUUUGGUGGAACAUCUUCAGCUUCAACGCCUCUGUUUGGUGGAACGACCUCUGCAUCAACGACACCGUUUGGUGUAACGCCCUCAGCUUCGACUCCGUCGUUUGGUGUAAAACCCUCAGCGUCGACUCCGGCGUUUGGGGGGACUGCCUCAGCGUCGACUCCGGCGUUUGGGGGAACUGCCUCAGCGUCAACUCCGGCGUUUGGUGGAACGCCCUCAUCUUUCAUUCCGGCAUUUGGUGCGACACCCUCAGCGUCGACUACUGCGUUUGGAGGAGCAUCAUCAGCUUCCACGACGCCGUUUGGAGGAGCGUCAUCCACAUCAGCCACCUUGUUUGGUUCAGCCUCCUCAGCUUCAACGACUCCAUUUGGUGUAGCGACCUCUGCUUCUACGACUGGAGCAGCGUCUUCAACAUCGACGACGCCGUUUGCUGCAGCAUCUUCAGUCUCAACGACGUCAUUUGGAGCGUCGACUGCUUCGGCGUCGCCUUUUGGAGCGUCCUCUGCAUCGCUGUUCGGAGCAACAACUUCUGCUGCGACGCCGCCGUUUGGUGGUACUACUUCCUCUGCCUCAACGGCAGCUUUUGCAGCAUCUUCUUCUGCCUCACCGCUGUUCGGAGGAUCAUCCUCAGCAGCAACGACGCCGUUUGGAGCGUUGGCAGUUUCUUCAGCUUCCUCAACCUCUGCAAGCAGCUCUCCUUUGUUCUCAGGUGUGUUUGCCACUGGACCCUCUUCGACCUCGACCUCAACGACGAUCCCAGCGUUUGCAAAGCCGUCUGCUUCAGCUACUACUACUACUACAACGGUGUCAUCUAGCUCUUCGGGACUCUCAUUCGCUUCUCAACCCUCUUUUGGGUUCCCCAAUGCUGCUUCAGCUACGGCUUCUUCUUCGGCGGCUUCUGGCGCAUCGGCUUCAAAACCAACGGGUUCUUUUUCGUUUACCACAUCUUCAGCGCCACUGUUCUCGACUGUGACGACCACCACUGCUUCUACUGUGGCUACUGGCAGCACGACCCUUUCAUCUUCUGUGCCUGCCUUUGGUGCUACUACUGCAUCUUCUGCCACAGCAAGUACUUUGGCGGUUCCUGCUGCUUCUACUGGUGCAGCACCUUCUGCCAGUACAGGAUCAACUUUUACAGGUUUUGGCGUAGGAAGCACGGCAUCUGAUGUUUCUCUUGGGACUGGGUUUCCCUUUGCGAAUAAGUCGACCACAGUUUCUACCGCUACUACUUCAGCAUUUGGGGUGAGCACUACAACCUCUACUCCAGCAAUUUUGGGUUCCAGCACCAGUGCAACUCAGACAUCAUCUGCUGUUGUUGUGGCUUCUACUACUGGAACUACUUCAACCGUCAGCACUUCAGUUACUGCUGCACCAAAAUUGCCAUCUGAAAUCACUGGGAAGACUGUUGAGGAGAUUAUCAAGGAGUGGAAUGCUGAGUUGCAAGAGCGAACUGGAAAAUUUAGAAAACAAGCAAAUGCAAUAGCUGAAUGGGAUCGCAGGAUUUUGAACAAUCGUGAUGUUCUAUUGAGGCUUGAGAUUGAAGUGGCAAAAGUAGUCGAGACACAAUCAAAUUUGGAGCGGCAAUUGGAGUUGAUAGAGACUCAUCAACAGGAGGUUGAUAAGGCUUUACAGAGUAUGGAGGAAGAAGCUGAACGUAUUUACAAGGAUGAACGUGGUUUGCUUCUUGAUGAUGAAGCUGCAUCAACAAGAGAUGCAAUGUAUGAGCAAUCUGAAUUAAUUGAAAGGGAACUUGAGCAGAUGACUGAACAAAUCAAAUCGGUUAUUCAAUCCCUUAAUUCAAACCAGGGUGGAGAACUUGAUACCCUUGAUGGAAUGACUCCAUUAGAUGCUGUAGUUCGAAUUUUAAACAAUCAACUAACUUCUCUGAUGUGGAUUGAUGAAAAGGCUGAAGAGUUUUCUUCUCGUAUUCAGAAGCUAGCUAACCAAGGUUCUGCUUCAAAUCGUGAACCGACAGGUCCAGGCAUCUGGAUGUCUUGAUAUUUCAAAUUGUACAAUUUUUGUAUGAUUUUUCUUCCCAAAAAUUCGGGAUGAACUGUUUCAGAAUGGUAAUUGCCAACUUGUCUAUUGGAUUUCCAAAUACUACUUCUAUACUUUGUUAGUAAAUAGUCUGUUAUGAAGUAUUGAGAAGCCUUAACGGUAAAGAAUGAUAUACUCAUUUUAAAGCAGCAACUUUAACUA